UUGCAGGCAGGCAUGCCCCGGACACUGAGCGCCUCCGACAUGGUCACCCCAGGCAGCCUUGGCCCACCCCCCACGGAGCCCACGGAUGGCGAGCAGGCCGGGCAGCCCCUCCUGGACGGAGCUCCCUCCUCAGCUUCCCUGGACACCCUCAUCCAGCACCUGGUGCCCACGACUGACUACUACCCCGAGAAAGCCUACAUCUUCACCUUCCUUCUGAGCUCCCGCCUCUUCAUCGAGCCCCGGGAGCUCCUGGCCCGGGUCUGCCACCUGUGCAUUGAGCAGCAGCAGCUGGACCAGCCGGUGCUGGACAAGGCCCGGGUCCGGAAGUUUGGCCCAAAACUCCUCCAGUUGUUGGCCGAAUGGACGGAGACAUUCCCGCGGGACUUCCAGGAGGAGUCGACCAUCGGGCACCUGAAGGACGUGAUGGGCCGCAUCGCCCCCUGUGACGAGGCGUACCGGAAGACGAUGCAUCAACUCCUGCAGGCUCUGCACCAGAAGCUGGCAGCUCAGGGCCAGGGCCCGGAAGGCCUGCUGGGGGCCGACAAGCCCAUCUCCUACAGGACCAAGCCACCAGCCUCCAUCCACAGGGAGCUCCUCGGCGUCUGCAGUGACCCCUACACUCUGGCCCAGCAGCUGACCCACGUGGAGCUGGAACGCCUACGACACAUCGGGCCUGAGGAGUUUGUCCAGGCUUUUGUGAACAAGGAUCCUUUGGCCAGCACAAAGCCUUGUUUCAGUGACAAGACCAACAAUCUGGAGGCUUAUGUGAAAUGGUUCAACAGAUUGUGCUACCUCGUGGCGACUGAGAUCUGCAUGCCGGCCAAGAAGAAGCAGAGGGCCCAGGUGGUGGAGUUCUUCAUUGACGUGGCCCGUGAGUGCUUCAACAUUGGCAACUUCAACUCUCUGAUGGCCAUUAUCUCCGGCAUGAACAUGAGCCCUGUCUCCAGGCUGAAGAAGACCUGGGCCAAAGUGAAGACAGCCAAGUUUUUCAUCCUUGAGCACCAGAUGGACCCGACAGGGAAUUUCUGCAACUACAGGACAGCCCUGCGGGGGGCAGCCCACCGCUCCCUGACUGCCCACAGCAGCCGGGAGAAGAUCGUCAUUCCCUUCUUCAGCCUGCUCAUCAAAGACAUCUACUUCCUGAACGAGGGCUGUGCCAACCGCCUCCCCAAUGGACAUGUCAACUUUGAGAAAUUUCUGGAGCUGGCCAAGCAGGUUGGAGAGUUCAUCACGUGGAAACAAGUGGAAUGUCCCUUUGAGCAAGACCCCAGCAUCACCCACUACCUGCACACCGCCCCCAUCUUCAGCGAGGAUGGUAAGAUCUUCUAUUUUGGGGAAGACGUGAGAAGCUCUGAGCAGGAGGAGGAGGAGGUGGAGGAGGAGGAGGGGAGGAAGUCAGCAGAAGCCUUCCGCAGCCCUGCCUCAGCCGGCCCAGCAGAAAGUGGAGGUGGCCUGGGAGCCUCUACAUCUCCAGCAGGCACCACGCCGCUGGCCCCUGCCAUUCUGCUGAUGGGCCCUACCCUGUCCCACUCCCCUGGCCCCAAGAUGGGCUGGUUUCUGCAGCCCAAUUCACUCCCUUUCUGGAUCCUGCUGGUAUCAGGGGAUAGCUUUCCGGUGACAGCUGUGACACAGGUCAUGGGACAGAUUUGA